AUGCUCCCUACGCCCAAUCUGUCGCAUUUGAAAGAAGCAGACUACGAGCACAUUUACGAACCAGCUGAAGAUUCUUUCCUCCUCCUCGAUGCGCUUGAAGCCGAUAGGGAGGUCUUAGAGACAUUACCAGCAUGUCCGCUCCUUGUUGAGAUCGGACCAGGAUCCGGCGUUGCUACUGCUUUUGUCCAGAGUCAGCUCCUUAGUCCUGUUGGCAGGUCUUGCCUUUCCAUUGCAGUUGACAUCAACCCUCUCGCCUGUCGAGCAACGCUGGAGACUUGUCAGCGCAAUGCGCGACUGUAUCCUGGUAAAAACAGUUGUGUCCAGCAUACAGAUGUUGUGCGUGGGUCUCUCCUCGAUGCAUUGUAUUGUGCUAGAGGUAUCGAUAUCCUCCUCUUCAAUCCCCCUUACGUCCCAACCAUGCAAGCUGAAAUCAACACAGAUGGCAUGCACCUUGCUUCGACAUGGGCGGGCGGCCAGGACGGUAUGUCUGUCACGCAACAACUCCUACCACGCCUACAGCACGUCUUGAGUGUAUCGGGUGUCUUCUACCUCGUUGCAGUCGCACGCAACAAGCCAGCAGAUUUGAUCCGAGAUGCAGCCAGCAUUGGUUGCGAAGCAUGCAUGAUUCUUGAACGGCGAGCUGGUCGCGAGAAGCUAUGCGUCUUGCGCUACAGACGGCUGCGAUAG